AUGACCCAACCUUUCCCCAAGUUCUACAUUAUCCGCCCGGAUGGCUCUCUUUCUCCUUUGAUACCAGUCGAUGAACUCCCCAAAUGGGUAUCCUUUGCCAACUGGGACCCGGAAGACAUCUCUAUCUAUUCCUACAUGUACGCCGCCAGUCUGACCAGCUUUCCUCGAGAAGGCGAGUACGACCUCGUUUGCCAUAACUGUUUCGCGCAAGUCGACGGACACCAUCGCAGCGUUUCAGAACAGAGCGACCUCGGCAUCUCGAUGUCCCUCCCCGCUCUCACUUUCAGAGAUACCAUCAACAUGUCGGGCUCUUUGGCCAUAAAGACUCCGACCCCGGCUCCCUCGCAGAUUACCAAAGUGCCUAUAUUGCCGACGAUUUUGAAGCAGCCACCAUUUCAGGCAAACCUGUACAGCCCCUUCGUAGGCAUGUGCCUUGUCAGCUUUCCACGUUUGCAAUGGCCUUUCCGGUUCGGGUCGACAGCUCAGGAUCAGGAUGAUCAAACGGAUGAGGAAGAAAAUGAAGACCAGUCUGAACAAAGGCGACCCCUUCAUUCCAAUCACUCAGCAUCAGACGCCGACGAUGAAUCAGAUGGUGAAGGGCUAUUUCCGCCCCCUCUGGCGCCUCUGUUGGAUUCAAUGGACAUCCCAAAGCAGGAUCAAGAUAAAGUUGACCUUGAACUUGGGUUUGGAACGUCAACUCCCUCGCUUAGGCAAUAUUUUGAACCUGUCAAUGAAUCGCUCUCUAAACAUUUGCCGUUGGAUGCCGGCUUGUCUUUGGUGACUCCAGAUAGGCAUCAAUUCGCCGAGGGCGUGGCCCCUAAGAGGCCGGCGAUUGGUCGCAAAGCUUCUAGUUCACGGCGGGGGACUAAGAGAGUGCGAUUCAAUUCAUCCAGGGCCGGAUCCUCAUCCUCCCAAACGAAACUGACCUGA